UGAAAGCCACAUUAUCUUACCAUGAAAAACAAAAGAUCCACGAAAAACUCUCAACUUAAGACAAAGUCUCAUUCCAAGGAUUCCAACAUGGGCAAUUCACCUCCACAAAAAGGAAAGAGAAAAUCGCGUGAUCAAUCUGUUGAUGUUGUCCCUAAAAAGCAAAAGCUGCGAGAAGAAUCAACAACAGGUGUUAUUAGUAGAGCACUUAGUUAUAUCAACUCCUUUGACAUAUUGUCCAACAGAUCUACAACCGAGGAGAAACCUACGGUUGCUGCGAUUGAACCAAGUGCCAUUUGUGGUAGACCAAAUGACAUUAGUGGUAAACCAAAUGACAUUGGUGAUGGUCCAAAUGGUGAAUCAAGUGGUAGUGGCGCCGAUGAGUCAUGUUUAAGUAGCGCCAAUAAAUUAGGUAGUAGUGGUAGUAGUAGUAGUAUUGUGAUUGAUCUUUCGUCGGACGAUGAAGAUUUAGAAAAUGAAGUAACGGAUAGUGACAGCAACAUACUAUUCCAACACGGCAGAAUCUGUUUCUAUAGCAGUGAUUUAAUUAGCUUGCAGCCUAGGAGAUGGUUAAAUGAUAAGGUUAUUGAUGUUGCUUUGUCUCUUGAAAAGAAAACAAAUGACGUACAUGUUUUCGAUUCGCAAUUUUUUGCCAAACUUCGUAAAAUAUCCGAAUCUGAUGGUAUUCCUAAAAAUUUUUAUGCAGGCACCUCAGGCUGGUUCAGAAACCAACAAGUUCGCGACAGAAGAUUCUGGCUAAUUCCAGUUUGCGAUCAAAAUCACUGGUAUUUAAUAGUCGUAACCCGCCACACCUCCCGAAAGCCUGUGGUCAUGGUACUGGACUCCCUCCAAAGAAAGGCAUACAGGUCAUAUAAGUCCGUUGAUAUUGUAAAGGCCUUUUUAAGACAGAAGUACAAGGCCGAACAAAAGCGUAAACUUCAACGUGUUCUUGUGAAGAUUCUCGACGUUCCACAACAAACCAAUAACCACGACUGUGGUCUACAUCUCCUUCGGUCUGCCUCGCUGUUUAUGAACCCAGCAGCAUCCCUUUACACAAGAUUUGCUUCGUCCAAGAAACCUAUCUCAGCCGAAGAUAAUAUCUUCAGAACAAUUAAAGUAUCCACAAGAAAUGAAUUGUCCAGAAGUAUACAGCUCCUUAUUGCCAGGGGCCGUAUUUAAAUAUCUUUACUGUUUGAUACUUCUAACACCAUCAAAAUAAUUUACAACAAUAUACCAUUACAAUUAAAC